AUGAUACUCGUCAGAAAGAUACUGACAAUCAUGAACUUGAAACUCAAAGAUUGUUUUGAUAUUUUUGAUAUACUAGACAAUGUAAAUACAGAACCAGUGGCGUGUUUAGUAGGAGGUUUGGGAGGUCAAUUGACCCUCCGCUCAUUUGAAUUAGUAAUCGACUGGCCUCUCAAAAUUAAAAAUCCCAAACCUAUUCUGCCACAGCCAACAAUCACAAAUGUUGAAAAUAGUUCAUCUGGAGAAAAAGAUUAUGUUCUUAAUAAUGGUCCAUUGCUUAUUAACCCGAAUAAUAGUACAGCUGUUAUAUCAACAAAUGUUGAUGAAAAUGGAAAUAAUGAUUUUGAAAGUACUUCAGUACAACCAGAUACUAAUAAAAAAUCACUGGACAUAGUCUUUUCAUUUUUGAUUGAUAAAUGCCAAGAUUUCCCUUCAGAUCCAUAUUUAUUCAAAAAUAUUACGUUGUCGAAGGCAUUAAUUAGAGCUCUUAUUGAAGUAGGUCCUUGUCAGCCAGGAAUUGAAAAAAAAUUCAAAUUUCCAAAAAAUGAAAAAGGUAACUGUUUUAAUCCAGACUGGUAUGAUAUUAAAUCAAGAUCCGGCUUCCAUUUCAAAAGAAAUUGGCUAGUAUUUUCUCCUAAAAGUAACAAAAUGUACUGCUUUUAUUGUUUUUUAUUUCGCACAUUAUCAAAACAUAAUUCUAAUUGGUCUGACCCUGCCGAAGGAGUGAAUAAUUUUCGUAAAGGACUAGAAAAAAUUAUCAAACAUGAGACAUCUAAAAAGUCUGAAAAAGAACAUAAUCGUAAUGUUUUAAAACGUCUAAUUGAUGUAUCCCUAUUUCUUGCAAAAAAUGGUCUCCCAUUUAGAGGACAUAAAGAAAAAUUGAAUGAUGGAAAAUCAAAUAAUGGACUGUUUUUAGAACUUGUUAAGCUUAUAGCAAAGUAUGAUGCAGUAUUAUGUAAACAUCUAUUAGAGUCAAAAAGAAACCAAACUUACCUAAGUAAUUUAAUUCAAAAUGAUAUAAUUGAAGCUAUGGCUCAAGAAACGUUACAGUUAAUAUUGAAAGAAGUAAAGAUAGCAAAAUAUUUUUCUAUCAUAAUUGAUUCAACUAUUGAUAUCAGUCGAGAUGAUCAAUUUUCCUUAAGUAUACGAUUUGUGGAUCAAGGUGGAAUAAUUAGAGAACAUUUUUUGUGUUUUGAAGAGUUACCAGGGGCUUCUGCAGAUAACUUUUUUGAUGUUCUUAAAAAAUGUUUAAAAAAAUUUGAUUUAGAUUUUUCUAUGUGUAGAGGUCAGUCGUAUGAUGGUGCUAGUACAAUGUCUGGCCGUUAUUCUGGUCUACAAUCAAAAGUCAAAGAAUUAUCACCCCUUUCUUUGUACAUUCAUUGCUGUGCCCACAAUCUAAAUUUAGUUUUAAUUGAUUCUAUCAAAUCUUCCAUCGAUGCAGUUUCCUUCUUUGGUACUUUAGAAUCAUUGUAUACUUUUUUAACUAGCAGUUUGCCUAGAUUGCAUAUUUUGGAAGAAGAACAAAAAAAACAAGUAGAAGGUAUUGUUUUGACAUUGAAAAAACUUUCAGAGACAAGGUGGGCUAGUCAUAAACGUGCUGUAGAUGCAGUUUAUUUUAGUUUACCUGCAAUUGUUAAAACAUUAAAGAAAAUUAGCAAAGGAGAAAUUCCUAAUACAAAACAAAAAACUGUUUCUGAAGCUCAGGACAAAGUAUACAUAUUAUCAAAUUAUUUACAGAACUCUUCAAUUAAUCUAUUAACAGCUCAUAGCAUGAUUCAAGCUUGUUUUACUGAUAUUGACUCUAUGAGAACAAUUGAAGUAUUCAUGGAAGUUAAAGAAAAGGCAAUAGUGUUUUGCAAUGGAUUUGACGGUAGAAAGCAGUUUGAUGAACCUAGAUAUAAAAAAAUAAAAACCAAUUUUGGUGAAAGUACAGAAGUUCAGUCAAUAAGUUCAGUUGAUGAGCGAUUUAGGAUCAAUACUUAUUUUGUCAUUUUAGAUGCAUUUACCAAUGUUUUAAAAUAUCGCUUUGAAGAUUUUUCUAGUAUUGUAAGAAAAUUUGAAAUCCUUGAUCCAAAAAAAUCUUUUGAAGGUAGACCCAGUAAUGAAAUUUUAGUUGAACCCCUUAUAGAACUUUCUACAUUUUAUCAAAUAGAUAAAUAA